GUAUGAUGAAAAAGAUUACGAAAUAAAAUGAGAAAUUCAACUCUCGUCUUAAAUCUCAAGAAUCAGAAUAUGAUGACAUAUUUUAAGAUUAAAAAACAGAACAAUAACAUUAACCAAUAAUUUAAAAAGAAUAACAAAGAAAAACUAAUAUUCGUAUAAUCGUCACUAGAAAACCAUAAUAAUAAUAAUAAGAAUAAUAGACUAUACCUUAAUAGCAUAGAUCUGUAACUAAACGAUCUUGGCAUAAAGAAUUGGAUAAUUUAGUCAAUCCUUAAGAAAUGAAAAAUGGUAAAUUUUCAUAAGAAGAAAAGGAAUUCAUUAUGCAAAUUGUACAUAAUUACUAAAAUCAAAAUAAUCUUACUGAUCAAUAAUUGAAAGAUUAUAUUGAAUUAAAGACUUUAGGUCAUUCAAAGAUUUGGCUUGAAAUUACAAAAUUUAUACCAACAAGAACAGUUGAUUCAGUUUAUAAAUUGAUUAGACGUAGUUUAGAUAGUAAGAAUAGACAAGGAUAUUGGAAUAAAGAAGAAGAAGCUGAAUUAAUUAAAUGCAUAUAAUAAUAUGGUAGGAAAUGGAGAGAAAUUAGUAAAUAUCUUAAUCGAACACCUGAUAAUAUAAGAAAUAAAUAUAUUCAAAUUGGUUAACAUAAUCACUUGUUUCGAAAUAAAUAAUUUUGGACAAUUGAAGAGUUUCUUAUUCUUAUGAAUAAUAUUCAUGCUUUAAGUGGUUAUCCUAUUUUAAUACCUAAUUAUGAUUAAAUUCUUAAAUAAAAAUUUGGAGAAUAAUUUGAAAAUGUUAAAUUCAAACUUAAUUAUAGAAAAAUGAAAAUGGAAGAUAAAGAAAUCUUUGAUUUACUCAAAUCAAUCAUUAAUAUACCCUCUAAUAUAGGUGUAACUAUUAAAUGGACAGAAAUUUCAUCUGAAAUUAAGACUAAAACAAAAGAUGAUAUAAGACAAAUGUGGUAUAAAUUGAAUGGAACUUUAUUAUGAUU